CCGAGAUCACGGAUUCCUACUCCCACUCAACCCAGCGCACAUCCAAGAUGUCUCGCAGAAAGAAAGAUAACUCCCAGGCCAAGAAUGCUGACUCGGAUCCAGCCUCACCGCUUGGGGAACGACAGCCCCUUCAUUUUCAGUCCCAGCAGCCCAACCCCCGGAGGGCCAAGAAGACUGUUGCUAAGCAGCGCCAUCAGGGGCAGGACAAGACCAGCGGCAUCCGCGUGGUCAAGCUUACCGCUGGAUCCGACGAGGACCUCAAUAAUACCAAAGCACAGACCUCGCAGAAAAGACCGCAAAGGCACCAACGCAGGAUGGCUCGAAACGGUCGCCACACGAACGGGCCCUCCCAAAACCCGGGACCUCGUCGCCAAACCCAGUUGGAGCUGCCCGACUGGGUCCCCCCGAAGAAUCAGGCAAAGAAUUUCAGACGGAAGAAUCGUAGCAAUGGAGCAGCCAAAAAUGAACAAGCUCCUCCGCCGAAGCCCUGGGAGAUGGAUGACAUCUUCCCGGAGCCCGUUGGCAAUCCUUGCACGUUUGAAUACGACCGCACCUGGCGUUCACUUGAGAAGGUCGACGGCGGCGCCAAGGAAACGAUUCAAAAGUAUCUGACUCGAGGUCGCCGUCAGCAGCUACCUCGUAUAUUCCCAGACUCCAACUUGUCUGAGGAUUCCGAGGAAAUGAGGAAGGUUCAGCAGAAGUACUGGAAGGCAGGCCAGCCCGAGCUGCUUAAGAUCAGACGCGGCAAUGUGAAUGCCCCUGGUGCGAAGCUGUUCAUCGCCUCGUCUAUCGUCGAUGAUAGCCUCGCGGAAUUUGCGAGGCUGGAAGCCGAACGCGGCAUCAAGGAAGAUGAGAAUGCGUUCUUCAAGGUCAUGCGGGUAGCAGAGCUUCGGCGCAUGAUCAUUGAUCUCCUCCUUCCCAGCAUUGGCGACAUCACAGCGCUGGCGGCAACUUGCAAAGGCGCCGCUAUCCAGAUGCGGAAUGCCUUUGAUUAUUGGGACUUCAACGCACCCCUCCCUGAGAUUGAGAGCAACGAUGGAAAGCCUGGCGCUGAAGAGAAGAAACGGAAGCAGGAGCGGGCUGCCAUCGACCGCCUUGUCCAAGCGAAGACCGUCUCCGAUGUCCCUCUAGUCAUCAGCCCGAUUUCAAGCGAGCUUCGCGAUCCGGAGAAUCCGUAUGCCUUCGAAUUCAGGAGCCUGAGGUGGAUCUUUUGCGCCAUUACGGAAAUCCCGUCGAGCGUCCGGACUGUCAUCGUUGACCAGAUUCCGUUUUUCAACGUCCGCCUUUUCGAAAUGAUGGUCAACUCCAUGCCAAACUUGGAGACCGUCAUCAUCACCCGAUGCCCCUUGCUCGACGUCACCAAGCUCAAACCAUUGCUGGACGUUGUUGAGCGCCAUCCCCGUGCUGGACCCGCCAAUGCGCCUAAGUACAUCCGGCUCGACUUCUCACCGUUCUUCUUCGAGGGACCCAACUCUUGCAACCGCCUAGGCUCCUACGGCGUUACGUGGCAUGAGCCCACCUUCAACAUCCCGAAGGCCGUCUUCGCGCUCAUCCUGCGUUGCUGGGAUCUUGCCCGGAAGGUCGGGAUGGACUUGCUCAGCGAGAGCUCCUCGUUCUGGAGCUUCGUGCGCCGGCUGCCCGGCCCCGACGUGCUAUGGGCGGUGAAGGCACGGGAAGCCCUCAUCACGCGCGAACACGAGCUCGCUGCACACAAGAAGAGCGAGAAUACCAUCAAGGCCAACUUCGCCCACGAUCUCGCGGCUGCCCUGGUUGGGGAUAACCACCCCCACCCACAGCGUCCGUCCCGAAUGGCGGCACGCCUGCCUGGCCGCGGCAGGACAUACUGGCUGGAUUACAUCGAGUGCGGCAUGUGCAAGCUCAUCUACCCAGCCGGGGUCUUUCCUCUGCGGAAUGAUGGCUGCUGGGGCUGCAAGAUGGCCCGAUUCGUCGAGACUAUGGAAGAUAGCCAUAUGCGGUUCUGGCAGGAUGGCGUUACGACCUGCUGGCUAUGGGGCUUUACGCCAGCGUCAUCCACUCUCGAGCAACUCCUAUUCAGCAGCAAACCGUCGAACGUGGCCCAAGCCGAGACGCAGGUGUGGUCGAUGGACUGGACGUGGAAGUACUGGCUCAAAUAUUUCAAACCCAUGACCGUCGGUGGCUGGCCGGACGAGCCAUUCUGUCCCCCGCUGCCGAACGUGACGAAGUACGAGGCCGCUGCGUUGUCGCGAUGGCGGUUCAAGAAACACCCGGUUCCUGGACCCUUCGACUGGCGCAAAGGCGGCCCACAGCACGAGCAUCCAUGCAAGGUGCCGCUGUCUGGUUCGAACCUCGAGGAGGGGUUCGGCUCUGAGAGCAAGGCAAACUUCGCGCGGCAUUGGCAAUGGACUAGCCGGACGGACAAGUUGUUCACCGAGAAUUGGCUUGCGAAGAAUGGUCCUGCGAAGAACCGUUCUGCCCGUCAGCGGGAGCAGGACCUCCGAAAGGCCUUGGAGAAAGCCAGGACAACGGAGAGCAUGAAGGCGGCCUAUCUCAGCGCGGAGUGGCACGAGCGAAACGAAGCGGACAAGCAGGUUCAUCGCUGGACCCAACCCCGGGUCGAGGACUGCAUUUACUCUCUCGGGACUCCGGACAAGAGACCCUUCAACCUUGACAAGCCUGCCCUGGAUCCGGUCCGGGACAGGGAGGAGUAUAAGAAGGCUAUGGAGGCAGAGAUGUUCCGGUCGGGCCCGUACACCUUCGCCAGCGCAGUGAACACCAGCUGGUGAUCCCUGCCACGCUUCAUCGUCAGACCCGGGGGUUCGUCCUUCAUCGCGGGCAAAACAAUGUGGCUGGUUCAUCAGCUCGUCGGCCUCGGCACUUGCUUUGGACCGGUACGCUCAUUCAGAUGACAACUCCCAACUACCGGAACAGAUCGAUAUUUUCCCUUUGGUU